GGCUGACGGAAGAUGCUGGUCCAAUUCCCUGGAAUGGGUGUCGUCAUGUAGUAGAUCAGACACUCCCUCCGCAUAUGUGGCUCACCUGACGGAGCUGCUAUCAGUCACACGCACUGCUAGCCGACCGGGACGGGUCAGUGCCGCCGUCGCGGAGCCUUCCUUUCCUGCACACGGUCAGAGCGUCCGUCCGUGCGAGCCGUCCGGCAGCCAGCAGCAGCCAUGGUCUUCGAGGCCCUGGUCAGCGACACGCUGAACAGGUUCAUCGGGGACUAUGUGGAGAACCUGGACAAGUCCCAGCUGAAGAUCGGGAUCUGGGGAGGAAAUGUUGUCCUGGAGAACCUGAAGGUGAAAGAAAAUGCUCUGAGCGAGUUUGAUAUUCCCUUCAAGGUGAAGGCUGGUCAGAUUGCGAGGCUGACCCUGAAGAUCCCGUGGAAGAACCUCUACAAUGAAGCGGUGGUUGCCUCCAUGGAAGGGCUGUACCUGCUGGUGGUUCCUGGAGCCACUGUGAAGUACGAUGCAGCGAAGGAGGAGCGCUAUCAGCAGGAGGCGAAGCAAAAGGAGCUGCGGCGCAUCGAGGAGGUGCUGCAGGUGGCCACCAGCAGAACGUCUAACACUGGAGAUGUGCUCUUCGAUCUGGAAAGUGUUGUUUACAAGGAGCCCGGCAAGGUCCAAAAAGGACGUAAAAAACUCAAAAAGCAUAAAAAAGGUUUGAAGAAGUUGAAACGCCAUGAAAGCAAAGCAGACACUCCUAAGGCAGAGAAGAAGGACACAUUUGUGGAAAAACUGGCCACUCAGGUGAUCAAAAACCUGCAGGUGAAGAUCAGCAGUAUCCACCUGCGCUAUGAAGAUGAUCUGUCAGACCCACAGCGCCCCCUGUCCAUAGGACUCACACUGUCGGAACUGAGCCUGCAAACCACAGAUGAAAACUGGAAGUCUUGCAUCUUAAACGAAGCAGCAAAGAUCAUUUACAAGCUGGGUAGUCUGGAAUGUCUCUGUGCCUAUUGGAACGUCAACAGCGUCAUGUUCUACAAGGAAUCAUGGGAAAAUAUUGUGGACAAGCUGAAGCGUGGGAUCAGCACCAAAGAGCAGGAGUUGCCUCAUUAUCAGUACAUCUUCAGGCCGGUUUUUGCCUUUGCUAAGAUAUGCAUCAACCCGAACGCUGAGCUGGAGUUGAGCUCCCCAAAGGUCAAUCUUCACCUGGAGGUCCAGAACAUUGCUUUUGAGAUGACAAAACUACAGUACCUGAACAUGGUGGAGCUGCUGGAGUCCUUUGACCGCAUGGUGAAGAAUGCUCCAUACAGGAUGUUUAGACCUGAUGUCCCUGUUCUCAACAAUGCCAGGAUUUGGUGGAAGUACAGCAUCAACAGCAUCAUGGAGGUUCACAUUCGCCACCUCAGUCACAUGUGGGCAUGGUCGAACAUCCUAAGUCAUCGCAGGAACCUGAAGGCUUACAAGACAGUCUACAAGAACAAAAUCUUAGCCCAAAGCAAGACGGGUCCAGACACGGAGCGGCAAAUCCAGGAUCUGGAAAAGGUUCUAGACGUAUUUAACAUCACCUUGGCCCGGCAGCAAGCGCAGAUGGAGGUGAUCCGAUCAGGACAGAAAUUAGCUGCGAAGAAAGCUGCGGGCCAGAAGCAGGGCGGAGGAUUCUUUAGUGGCUGGUUUGGAAAGAAAACAAAGAAGGAAGAUCAGGAGUUUGAGGAGAACGUGGAUGAGGAGAGUUCUGGGCUGGACCAGCUGAUGACACCCGAGGAGAAAGAAAAACUCUACACAGCCAUCGGCUACAGCGGAAGCUCCCACAAUCUGACGCUGCCCAAACAGUAUGUAGCUGUGGUCGUCACCUUCCAGCUGCUUAGGACUUCGCUCACACUGAGGGAGCAACCUGACAUCCCAGAGAUCAUCAAAGUCCAGAUGAUCAACCUCAGCACCAAAGUGUCUCAAAGGCCUGGAGCCCAAGCUUUCAGGGUGGAGAUGGCGCUGGAGCACUGGUUUGUGACGGGCCUGCAGCAGCAGGGCGACGUGCCCUCCCUCAUUGCCUCAGUCGGGGACUCGUCCUCUUCUCUGCUGAGUGUGGUGUUUGAGCUGAACCCUGAGGAGAGCACAGGCGACCAGCUGCUCAGAGUGCACUCUCAGCCUGUAGAGAUCAUCUACGAUGCGUUGACGGUUAAUAGCAUGGUGGACUUCUUUAAGACAGAGAAAUUUGUCAACCUGGAAGUCCUGACCUCAGCUACGCUGUCCAAACUAGAGGAGAUCAAGGAGAAAACAGCAGCAGGCUUGUCUCACAUCAUAGAAACCAGGAAGGUUCUGGACCUGAUGAUUGACCUGAAACCAUCCUACCUGCUACUACCCAAGUCGGGCUUCUACAGCGCCACGUCUGAGCUUGUAGUCGUGGACUUUGGCAGCUUUCAGCUGCACAGUGUGGAGCAGAGGAACCCCCCCUUGUCUUCUGCUUCUUUCUCGUCCCUGGAGGACAUCAUGGAUCGAGCCUAUGACAGAUACAAGGUGCAGCUCAGGAGGGUUCAGGUGCUGUACAGCAAGUCAGGUGUAGCCUGGAAGACGUCUCGACUCCAGAGCUCGUCCGUGCAGCACAUUCUCCAGCCCAUGGACAUCAGCCUCCAGCUGGACAAGUGUAUGGUGGAAAAGGAUGCGAGGAUGCCCAGUUUCAAGGUGUUGGGCGAGCUGCCGCUGCUGCACGUUCGGAUCUCAGAUCAGAAGAUCCUCGGUGUUAUGGAGCUGAUCAACAGCAUUCCUUUCCCAAACAUGGACUCUUCUGCCCCCCAGCCAGCAGCGAAGUCAAAGUCUUUGGUGGAUGCCAGACCACGGGGGCUCGGCCUGGAUCCCACCUUUCUUGAGGCUAUAGAAACAGACUCAGAUGGAGAUGCCAGCGAGAGAUCAACAGAUGAAGACCAUCAGAGCUCCGCUCUGGAAGAACUCACCAAGGUGUACUUCAAGUUUGAAGUGGGAGAGGUUCUGGUGGAGCUGACCCGGCAGAUGGACCAGGAGAAGGCCGUCCUGUCCUUCAGCGUCAGCCAGCUGGGAGCUGCAGGAAAGAUGCGGGCCUUCGAUCUGAGCAUAACGUCUUACCUGCGUCGUGUCCAGCUGGAUUUUUGUGACGUUCCAGGUUCCCCUCUGCACCUGAUCAGCUCCUCUGAGCUGCAGGGCUCCAACCUGCUGAAGGUGGAGUUUACCAAGGCCGACCCGAGCGGGCCCAGCUUUCAGAGCCUGUUCAGCAGCACCGAGCAGAUGCUGAAGGUGGAGUUCUCCUCUCUGGAUUUCCUGCUUCACACAAAGGCUCUACUGGCCACCAUUAACUACCUGAACCAGGUUGUUCCGCCUGGGCCCAGGGCCCCCCGAGCCCAGGCGGCGGCAGAGCAGCCGGGGGUCUCUGGUCAUACAUCGUCAGUGUCAAAAAAAGUCAAAGAUGGCAGCAUCUUCAACUUCAAGCUCUUCGCCGUGCUGGGCUGCUUUCACGUUGAGGUGUGCGAUGACUGCCGCAGCAUUGCCGACAUCCGAGUUCAAGGGAUCGAUGCGUCCGUGUUCGUGCAGGCCGCUCAGACCCAAGUCUUCACCCGACUCAAAGAUAUCGUGGUCACAGACUCUGACCCCACCAGCAUCCACAGAAAGGUGGUGUCCCUUGUGAGCGAGGAGGUGUUCAGUUUCGGGCUGUCCCUGUUCCCUGGAGCGGUGGAGGGGGACGACUACAGAGACAUGUCCAAGGUGGAUGGAAGGGUGUCCAUGCGUCUGGGCUGCAUACAAAUUGUGUACCUGCACAAGUUCCUGAUGUCUCUGCUGGCGUCUUUUAGCUUUCAGCAUCUGUCUGCUAACGAGACGUUCGUCAACAACUUUCAGACAGCCAAGGACGCUCUGAGCGCCGCCACGGCCCAGGCUGCAGAGAAGGCAGCAUCCAGCGUUCGAGACUUUGCCCAGAAGAGCUUCCGUCUGUCCAUGGACAUUCAGCUGAAGGCGCCACUUAUCAUCAUCCCACAGUCCUCUCAGUCCCAGAACGCCAUGGUGGUGGAUCUGGGCCUGAUCACGGUGGCAAACACCUUCACCCUGCUGUCGGAUGAAGGCCUGCCUCUGCCGGCUGUGGUGGAGAAGAUGGAUGUGCAGCUGACGCAACUGAAACUCUGCAGAACCACACUGAGGACAGAAUCCUUGCAGACCGACAUUGAAAUUCUUCAGCCCAUCAACGUGACGUUGCUGGUCACCCGAAAUCUGUCAGCAUCCUGGUUCACAAAAAUCCCCAGAGUCUGUGUCCAAGGCGGACUCCAUAACCUUCACGUACAGCUGGGGGAGGAAGACCUCGGUGUGCUGAUGAAGAUUCUGGUAGAGAAUAUCGGGGAGGGAAACCAUGCCCACAACUUGGCCAUGAGCACGCAGGGGGGCCCAGAGAGGGAGGAGCUUCCUCAGCAUUUGGAGGUGAUGACAUCCCAGUCAGAGGCUGGCGGUGCAGCCGGCAAUGAAGAACCGAUGGAAAACACUGUCGAUGUCCUGCUUGAGUUUGAGAUCAAAGAGGUGGUGUUGACACUGGAAAGGCUCAAGGCGCCCUUCCUCGUCUUCCAGCUCGCUCAGCUGGGCAUCAACACCAACGUCUGCAAACAUGACAUGUCCGCCACGACGUUCAUCAACAAAGUGUCCCUAAAGUGUCUGGAGUUUUCAGACUCGAAUGGGGGGCCGCUGUGUCUCAUCAGCUCCUCAGCAGAGUCUGGAGCUGAGCUGCUCAAAGUGCAGUACUGCAAGGCUGAUCGCAGCGGACCAAACUUCUCUACAGUCUUCCGGAACACGGAGCAGUCCAUCAAUGUAACCUUCACUUCACUGGAUGUGAGACUGCAUACCGAGGCUCUUCUGUCGAGCAUCAGCUUUCUGUCCACAGCGCUGGCAUCGAACACCGCCUCACCUUCAGAGAGGGACAUUGUACAGAAGACGGACGACAAGGCCUCUUCGGCUAAAUCUGCGGCUGUGGUGUCGCCGGCAGACAGCCGGGUUGUAAACCUGGAGGUGGGGAUGACUCUGGGAGCCUUCAACAUCCGGGUUUGUGACCAGACCUGCACCAUGGCUGACAUAAAAAUCCGAGGUAUGAAUGGCGCUUUGUCGAGGCAGGGAGCGCAGACAAAUGUAUCUGCCCGCCUGCAGGACGUGAUCGUCCUGAAUGCUGAUCCCCAGAGCAUCCACCAGAAGGCUGUUUCUAUUGUUGGAGAGGAAGUUUUUAGCUUCAACUUGAGCCUGACUCCCAACGCCACAGAUGGGGCAGCCUAUAUAGACACCUCCAAGACUGAUGGAAAGAUCAUGCUGAACUUGGGCUGCAUCCAGGUGGUUUACCUGCACAAGUUUUUCAUGUCGCUGCUGAACUUUACCAACAACUUUCAGGCUGCCAAAGACACCCUCAGUAAUGCCACAGCUCAGGCUGCAGAAAAGGCAGCGUCCAGCGUUCGAGACUUUGCUCAGAAGAGUUUCCGUCUGUCCAUGGACAUCAGGCUGAAGGCACCUCUUAUCAUUAUCCCACAGUCCUCAACUUCCCACAAUGCACUUGUAGUCGACCUCGGUCUAAUUACAGUGGCAAACAGCUUUAGUCUGCUGCCCAUUGAAGGCUGUCCACUACCAGCUGUUAUUGACAACAUGGAUGUCCAUUUAGGGGACUUGAAACUGUCCAGGUCGUGUGUGAAGCCGGAUUCCAGUGCAGCCAUUGAGCUCCUGCAGCCCGUCAACCUCCACCUGAACAUCCAGAGAAACCUGUCAGCUUUCUGGUUCAAGAAGAUGGCUGCAGUAGAGGUUCAUGGAAACCUAAAACCAUCUAAGAUGGAUCUAAGCCAGGAUGACCUGACCAUGCUACUCAGAAUAGUGACGGAGAACCUGGAAGAGGUUGCUGCAAGUCUUCCUAGUGGCUCCAGACAGGACAACGGCCAGCUGCUCCUAGUGCCCAAGAGUUCUUUGACAGGUGAGCCAGAGAAGCCAAACGACUGCAGUGAGGAAGAGGAAGUUCUGGAGACGGUGAAGUUCAGCCUCAGCAUCGAGUCGUUGGGUCUGACUCUCUAUACCAGUGACCCCAAACAGCCUUUGGACCAGCAGCACCAGCAGGAACUCCGACUCGGAGAGCUUACCCUCCACCUGCUGAGAGUUUCAGGUAACCUCCAGUCUAACGGGAACCUGCAGGUCAGCACCAUUUUGACCAGCUGCACGUUGGAUGACCUCAGGGCCGGCAUGGAAAGGGUGACCUCAAGGAUGGUUAGACGGCAAGAAGAGGACGGCUCAGAGCCCAUGAUCGAUGUGACAUACCGGCAGGCCACGGCAGAAAAGGAGCUGGUGGUCAUCCUGCAGAAGCUUUACCUGUGUGCCAGUGUGGAGUUCCUGAUGGCCGUUACAGAUUUCUUCAUUCAAGCUUUGCCCCAAAGUUCCUCCUCGGCCUCAAGCAACAGACAAACGGGGAAGCAAACCACUGAACUAAAAGUGGAAACCAAGACAGCCUCUGUGGCGAGGACUCGUGUGCAGGCAGUGAUCCUGGACCCAGAGGUGGUUUUUGUGGCCAGUCUGAUGAAGGUCGACACCCCCGCCCUGGUGGUGUCUUUUCAGAGUGACUUCAGUCUGCAGGUGGAGGACGGCAACCAGAGCGUCCGAGCCAGUCUGAGUGGCCUGAAGGUGCUGGCCUGCCCAUUUAUCCCAAACCAGCAGGACAAAGCCGUCACCACUGUGCUGAGACCAUGCUCUGUCAUCAUGGAAACCAAAACACACCCCAACGGACCCCUUCUAGGCUCUGUGAUGGUGGAGGAAAUCAUCAUCAAGAUCUCUCCAGUCAUCCUCAACACCGUGAUGACCAUAACGGCUGCCAUGACGGCAAAGCCAGGAGUUGCUCAGGGUCAGGAGCUGAAGCCAGGUGUCACUGACCUGUGGGCUGCCAGGAACAUCUACGACUGCGACUUCUGGUUCCUCGGGGUGGAACAUGCCACAGAGAUGACGGAGAGCUUCAGAGAACUGGAUGCAAGUAAAGAAGGCGAGAGCUUCACAGCACAAGUCAAGUCCAUCCAGGUGACCCUGGAAUCAGGUUUGGGUCACCGAACUGUCCCCCUGCUGCUGGCCGAGUCCUCCUUCAGUGGACUGGCCAGAAACUGGUCGUCUCUACUGCACCUGAAGGCUGACAUGACGCUGGAGGUGAACUACUUCAAUGAAGUCCAUGCUGUGUGGGAGCCUCUGAUUGAACGGGUCAGCGGCGGGAAGCGCAGGUGGAACCUGGAGAUGGAGGUGAAGAACUAUGCUGCCAUAGACAAAAGUCCUGUUCAUGGUGAUGACUUCACAUUUGUUCCUGAACCGUGCAUGUUGAUCAACAUCUGCUCCAAAGACACCAUGAACAUCACCAUCUCCAAGAGCAGCAUCAGUGUCUUUCAGAAACUGGCCAAGGCGUUUUCAGAAGGCACCUCCUCCACCCCUGACUUCACUGUGAAGGAGAAUGCGUCCUUCACCAUCAGGAAUGCUCUCGGGAUCCCCCUCAUGGUGCAGCAUGGCACCGACCUGAGGGCAGUGGGAUCCUCUGUGCAGGGGAAGCUUCACGAGCUAUCGGUGGACCAAAGCAUGGACCUGGAGCACACCAGGUUCCAGAUGUCAUCCAGAGGCAAACUAUCAGCUCUGCAGCGGCAGGAGAGCUCCCUGUUCAACCUCACCAUCGUGCCUUCUGGGUACAGUGAAAUCUCCAACAUCUCGCUGGACAAACCCGGUCGCCGUCUCUUUAACAUCCGCGGUCCGAUGCUGCAGGAAGCUGUAUCGGUUCUGCUGCAGAUCCAGGCUGCAGACGGCAACAAGGUCAUGACUGUCCGUGCUCCGCUGCAGAUAAAGAACCACUUUUCUGUGCCAUUCACCAUCUUGAAGUACUGCCAGACUUCCAGGAGUCUCCAGAGAAUUGGGGUUGUCAAACCAGAGGAAGACUUUGACAUCCCUUUGGAUGCAUACAGGUGCCAGCUGUUCGUAUGCCCUGCAGGUCCCCUGGAAGGCCAGUACAAUCCAUCCACCACUUGCGUGACCUGGAAGGAGCAGGUGCAUUACAGUACAGAUGUGCGCUCACUGCUGCAAUGUCCAGCAAACAGCAGUGGCGUUCUGCCUUUGAUGGUUAGCGCCUUAGCCACCCCAGACGACCUGCAGCACAUUGCCAGUCACGGUGAGGAGGACUGGGACCCGGCGUAUGUCAUCCAUCUGCAUCCCGUGGCGACGCUUCGAAACUUCCUGCCCUACACUGUCGUCUACAUGUUGGAGAACUCGGCAGACAGCUGUAAUCUGCCAGAAGGCAGCACCUCUGACCUGCUCAAUGCUCGCCUGUCAGGUGAGCUGGUGUCGUUGGCGCUCAUCAGGUAUCAGGGCCAUGACUGGCACGGCCACUUUCGGAUUCAGCAGGAAAUGCCCGAGUUCUUUGAUGUGUGUCUGACCUGCGAGUCCACCACCAAUGUAACAGUGGACGUAAGCCUUCACGUGAGGAGGACAGAAAACUGCCUCCUGCUGUCACUCUUCAGCCCCUACUGGAUCAUCAACAAGACGUCUCGGGUGCUGCAGUACCAAGCCGAGAACGUCACUGUCAAACAUCCGGGCGACUACAGAGACGUCAUCCUGUUCUCCUUCAGGAGGAAGAAACUGUUCACUGAAAACCAGGUGAAGCUGUGCAUCUCAACCAGCUCCUGGUCUGACGGCUUUUCUCUGGACACGGUGGGGAGUUAUGGCUGCGUCCGCUGUCCGUCCUCUACCAUGGACUUCUUGGUUGGCGUGAGCAUCCAGGUGAGCAGUUUUAACUUGACUCGAAUUGUGACCAUGAGUCCCUACUACACUCUGGUCAACAAGUCAUCGUAUGAGCUGGAGGUGGGAGAAGUGGUCAAUGCCAGCUCCACCAAAUGGCACUACAUUUCUUCCACUGAGUGUCUCCCUCUGUGGCCUGAGAACGCCCAAGGGAAGCUGUGUGUGCGCGUGGUCGGCUCCGAGUCUAGCUCAGAGUGCUUCUUCUUCCAUCGAGAGGACCGCGGCACGUUGCUGAAGCUGGAUGUGUGUGGUGGGAUCAUUCUGAAUGUGAACGGCUCCAACCACUCCACCGUCAUCAGCUUCAGCGAUUACUAUGAAGGAGCAGCUCCAGCCCUGCUGGUGAACCACACAGCCUGGGCAACCAUUGCCUACAGUCAGAGUGGUUCAGCGGUGGUCCAUGAGCUGAAACCCAGUGAAGCCCGAAAGUUUGUGUGGGAUGACCCAACAAGACCCCGAAUGCUGCGGUGGAGCUACAUGGAGCACUCAGGAGAGCUAAACCUGCUGAAGGAUGAAAUGGGGCAGUUUUCUUAUGACAACAAGUCUCAAAUCCACUGGAUUUCCUUUCUGGAUGGGCGUCAGCGAGUCCUGCUGUUCACAGAAGACACUGGGGUGGUGACCAAGGCUCGGCAGGCGGAGGAACUGGAGCAGUCCCAGCAGGAAGUCAGACUUUCCCUGCAAAGUCUUGGCCUGUCGCUCGUCAACAACAGCAGUCGGCAUGAAGUCGCCUACAUCGGCAUUAACAAUUCAGGUGUGGUUUGGGAAAUGAAACCAAAGAAUCGCUGGAAGCCCUUUAGCCAGAAAAAUAUCGAGCUGUUGGAGAAAGCUUAUCAGCUGAACAGCACGGAGCAGGGGGGGUGGACCAAACUAGAAACCAGCGUGGAGGUGAACUUGAGCAGAGCCGGCAUGAUGAUGCGUAAGCCGUAUUCCUGUCCAAUAAGGAGGACGUUCCAGCCCGGCAUCUACAUGGAGUUAAAGCAGUCGCUGCACCAGCGUAGCCUCAGAGCUCAGCUGCAUUGGCUACAAGUGGACAACCAGCUUCCUGGAGCCAUGUUCCCCAUCGUGUUCCAUCCGGUUCCUCCUCCAAAGUCUUUGGUUCAGGACUCAGAGCCAAAGCCGUUCUUUGACGUUUCAGUCAUCACCAGGUUCAACCAGCACAGCAAAGUCAUGCAGUUCAAAUAUUUUAUGGCUCUGGUUCAGGAGAUGGCAGUGAAGCUGGAUCAAGGUUUCCUGGGAGCCACCUUGGCUCUUUUCACACCAGCUGUUGACCCCCAAGCAGAAAGGCAAAAGAGCGGGCUGAUCGAGGCAGAUCUGCAGGGUCUGCAGGCUGAGCUCAUGGAGGCCUCACUGUCUGAAACUUCAGGCCUCAGUUUCUUUGAGUAUUUCCACAUCUCACCCAUUAAACUCCACCUCAGCCUGUCUCUGGACUCCAGCAGCAACAGUAUGGAUCAGGAAACUGCAGCUCUUCAGUCUUUGAACCUGCUGCUCAAGAGCAUCGGCGCCACAUUGACGGAUGUGGAUGACGUCAUCUUCAAACUGGCCUUCUUUGAGGUGAAGUACCAGUUCUACCGCAGAGAGGAGCUGAUGAAGGAGGCAGCUAGACACUAUGGCGAACAGUUCCUGAAGCAGAUGUAUGUUCUGGUCCUGGGUCUGGAUGUUCUGGGAAAUCCAUUCGGGCUGAUUCGAGGUCUGUCUGAAGGAGUGGAGGCUUUCUUCUACGAGCCGUUCCAGGGAGCUGUUCAGGGUCCGGAGGAGUUUGCUGAAGGUUUUGCAAUUGGGGUCCGCAGCUUGUUGGGUCACACUGUUGGUGGCGCUGCAGGAAUGGUCUCCAAGAUAACAGGCUCAAUGGGUAAAGGCCUGGCAGCCAUCACUAUGGACAAAGAAUUCCAACAGAAACGCAGAGAGGAGAUGAACCGACAACCCAAAGACUUCUCAGACAGUCUGGCCAAAGGAGGGAAAGGGCUGCUGAAGGGUGUGGUCGGGGGGGUGACAGGCAUCGUCACAAAGCCUGUGGAAGGAGCUAAGAAGGAGGGGGCAGCCGGAUUUUUCAAGGGCAUUGGUCGGGGUUUGGUGGGGAUCGUUGCUCGCCCAACAGGUGGAUUGGUGGAUAUGGCCAGCAGCACCUUCCAGGGCAUCCAGAGAGGGCCCCUCAGAGCUGCCGAGGCAACAGAGGAGGUGACCAAACUUCGACCGCCGCGUCUGAUCAAAGAGGACGGCAUCAUCCGGCCGUAUGACCUGACAGAGUCUCAGGGUUUUGACCUCUUCCAGCGCUCACAGAUCACGCUGUUGGACGGAGAGUUGUUCCGAGAACACUGUCUGUAUCCGGGACACUCCAAAACCAACAUCAUCGUCACCAACAGGAGAGUUCUGUGUGUGAAGGAGAGCGACUUCAUGAGGCAGUUCCUGAAAGAGUGGGAAUAUUUAUUUGAGAACUUCUAUCGUCCUCCUGCUGUCACCGGAUCAGAGCUGAAGAUUUACUACAAGGAACAGUCCAAGUUGAAACUUUCGAAGAAGGAAGAUCAGGAGUGUGUGAAGACUCUGCAUCUUAAAGAUUCAAACGUUGCACAGAAGCUGGUUGCAGCCAUAUGUGACGCUCAGGUGGACCAGCUGCAGCAGCGCAUGGUGAGGCAGAAGUCCCAGCGGUUUCUCAGAGCCAGUACCAAGCGCUGAGGCCUCAGCCUGUUCUACACACAAUAUGUUCCUGUGCAGAGGGGCGGGGCUUACCCUUUCUGCACUUGUCCAAUCAUCUGAUGAGUUGAGUUUACGUUCAAAUGACUUACAACCCUGUCGUCAUUUCGUCUUUCUUUUCUUUUUGGGGGGGGUGUAAUAGGAAGACCUUUUACCAAAGCUUGAAAGUGUUUGUCAUUGAUUACAUUUUUUAAAGAAGGAAAAGCCUUGAGAUUAUAGUUCGAACAACAAUUGUUGUUUUUUUUAUUCCAUUUGCUCUGUCUGCUCAGUGAAGGGGAGGUGGGGGUGACUGGCCUUAAGGGCGGUCUUCAUGGCUUUAAAGCCUGUUGCACUAAAGAAUCUCAGGGGUAGCUGUUGCUUCCUAUGCAGAUCUUGGCUGUAAUGCUUUUUCAGUUCAAGAUUCAAAAAAUGUCUUCCACACUGUCUUUAAUGUAUCAACCAGUGAAACUGAAAUAAAAAUGAGUUAAGAACAAAGA